AUGUUAAACAUUACGGGAGACCACAAUCGGACAGUUGUUGUACAGCCGGUUCCGGUGCCGCCGUAUAUCAUUAUUUUUCUACAAUUUCGUGGACCGCCGGACGAUAUCUACGCCAUGAUUGACAGAAUCCAUAGAGAAAAGGGUGAUAUUUUAUUGUCUGCCACACAAAGCAGUCAAUUCAUGCGAUACUCCAACCUAUUGGAGCCGUUGGGCAUCAGUUUCCGGCUCACAAAUUGCAUCGAUUAUCUCGACGUCAAUAGCAUUGCCGCCAACACAUGGAUGGGAGCCAUACCUCUCUUCACAUACGUCCACACAUUCCCACUCAUUGUCUGGUUUUGUAUAUACCUAUCGAUAAUCGCCUUAUCGGUGGUCUCUUCGCUACAACUGUUUCCACGAUUUGACAAAAUACACGAAUUCUUAUGGAAUUACUAUAUAAUCAUGUUUUCAAAGAAUAUUCAGAUAUUCUUCACGAAUCGCAAACUGAGACCAGUGUUAAGCCUAUGGCUGAUGGCGUCGACGCUGUUGUCCACACUAUUCACGGCAAUACUGUUGGAACAUAUGGUGAGUUCAGUGCCCGCGCUAUACAUCGAUUCGUUGGAACAGUUGUCCGAACGGCCGGGCAUUCAAGCCGUGGCCAGAAGUGACGGAUCGUUAGUUGAAUACAUCGCAACCGUUAAGACGAGUGUCACAAAAGCCAUUGACGACCGGUUGAUCACAUUUAUCAACUUCGAGGACAUCCGCCAACUGGUCAUCGAUGGUCUCCGUAACGGUUCCGUUGCUUUCGUUCACAAUAAGCGCACACUUUUGAUAAUAUCGAUGAGAGAAUCGGGAAUAUAUGGCAAAUGGAGUGAAGAUAUACUGAAUUAUAGGCACAACGAUGUAAUCGAUGGCAGUAUUGAACACAUUAUGUUUUCCGAUCAGAUUAUUGAUAACCGAACUCUUCUCAUACAACCCAUAGAUUCGCCGCCGUUUUGCAUCUUAUCUGAUGCCAUACGGGAGUCGGUGUACGAAAUGUGUGGACCACUGGUCGAGUUGAUCAUAUCAUUUGCCAAAUCAUACCAAUCAUACGUAAAAUUCAUGGCAAAAACGGAGUCAAUAGAAGAAAUGAUAUUAGGAGUGAUGGAGAAAAAGACAAACAUUUUGAUGACACCAUUAGUCGCGAGUGAAUACAUUGAAUACUCGACACAAUUGCGUGAAUUUGACUUUUAUUUCCGACACUCGGAUUGUAUUGAUUACUACGAAAUGGCGGCCUUUGUCUCCCUGUCCACCAUCGGUGACGGGCGGACACAUUUCACGUACUUUCGGUGCUUCAGCCCCGGGGUCUGGCUCUGCGCUGUGCUGUCCAUUUGGGUCCUCUCUCUGGUCUCAUCGCGUAAUAUAUGUCACGAAUCGCACACAUUUUUCUGGCACUACUUUACCAUAAUGUUUAUUAAAUCGAUGCCACUAUUCAUUCAGAGAUCAAAUCAGCGGUUCAUAAUUAGCGUGUGGUUAGUGUCGGCUCUGGUGUUGUCCACGUGUUUCACGACAUAUCUCUUGGACCACAUGUCAAGCGCAGCGCCGGUGAUGACGAUCGACACGUUGGACGCGUUGUCGCGACGGCCAGACAUGAAGAUCGUGGUCCGAAACGAGAGCUCUUUGGCCCAGUAUUCCCGGCUAUACGACACGGAAUUGGCCGCUAAUAUACGGCAAAACCUGAGGCCGUAUAUGGACUACGAGGAGGUGAGGGAUGAGCUAAUUGUUGGUCUCCGGAACGGGUCGAUGGCGUACGCGAACGCACGGCUGACCAUUAUAUUUGAUUUGAUGCAAAUGACACGACUGGACACCAGUCCUGAGGCCAACCGCACGAAACUCAUUGAUGUCAUGCAUAUCGCCGACGAUAGCGAAGGUCUGGAGCCGUACUUCUUGUUCGUCACCGAAGAGUCCGAAGAUUGGGUCCACAAAGGCUUGAAUAGAGUACAUCACCCGAUUGUGAGACCGAAACCGAUGUAUCGCUCAACGCAUUCAGUGUUUUCAAGACUUGGCUUAAGGUCUUCGGUAGUGGUUGUCGUCGUACCGAUUGUGGCCGUGAAAUGUGCGGAUCAGUGGCGGCGUCUCAGCAGCCAAACUGGCGGUCAACUGAUGGCAAUGUCUUCGGCCGUGUGUGGCCUCCGAAGGGCACGAAUGGCAUCGUUAGGACUCGAGAAGACUUAUCAGCCAUUCGUCGGCAUUAAACCAUACUUUCAACGGACAGACAAAGACAGGAACACCGCUCACAACGAGAUGUUGGGCUCCGGAAUCAUAUGUCACACAAAUGGCUUUGUGUUGACCACCGCUGGAGUUGUGGCCAAUUAUAGUCAAGUUAUGGUCCAUCGGCUCAAUGCAAAGGAUGGCUACAUUUCACACGUGGUGUUCGUCUCGUUGGCCGACAAUUUGGCUCUCAUUAAACUACCGGCGGAUAAACUGUCGCCCGAAUGGGUCUGUAAUAUCAAUGCCAUUGACGACAGGAGUCUGAAAGUGGGCCAUAAGGUACGGGCGGUGACUAAUCCGCGCCACGGAGUGCACACUCACGUGACGGACGGUGUGAUCAGUUGUCCGCGACGUAAAGGAGAUCUGGUGAACGGCGGCGAAUGGAUUGACGCCAACAAGUAUUACUUACAACACACCUGUGCUGUCAAACUGCAAGACAUGGGCUGUCCAUUGCUGAACGCCGAAGAGGGACACGAGGGAGACCUGAUUGCCAUGAAUUGCUUCCAGCAUAAGGUCCACAUCAAUGUCGGCAUCGCUGUCAACGAUCUCAAGACUUUUCUCGAUAAACAGGAAGUGCGACAACUGUUGUCCGGCACUCAUAAGUGGACGUUUGGUCUGGAGGUACAGCCCGGAGGUGCGGGUGGUCUACAAGUGACCAAAUCGCAUCAGUCAGAAGUGUCCGCCGGGUCUGUGAUCAGUCACGUGAACGGCUAUCGGGUGACCACUAUUGACGAUAUCAUCGCUUUGACCGAAAACCAAGUGUGGGUUCAGCUCACGAUCGGCACCGACAAGAAGGACAUCACUCGACAAAUUUUGCCCAUUAAUUGA